AUGGACAAGAUCGUUGACGUUCGCUUCGAGCGGGUCGAGAAGGCUCUUGCGACGCUCGUCGAGUCCAUCACAAAAUACAAUCCCCAGGCUUCGCAGGCUCUCGAGCUUGCAAAUGCCGAUAGUGAAUUGGGCAGCGGGCUGAAGCAGUUGGAAUCCCACCAGAACAACUACCGCCGGCUGGAAUCACUCAAGGCGUCUUCCUCUGCUCUCGACGCUCAGAUCCGCGACACCAUACGCACCCUGUGGAACACGCGCAAGGACAUCACAAGCACCAGCACAACGGCCGCGCCCGACGGCCCGCAGUACGAUGUCAACUACGAGGAGCUGCUCAGCUACGCGCGCAGGAUCAGCAAGAUGACGCUGCCCCCCGCGAGCAUACUGUCCCGCCUCGAAGCCGCCAACGCCGAGAGCGGGCCAUCCACCGGUGAAGCUGUCAACACCCCAAACACCACGGCAGCCCCAACGCCCGUCGCGGGCGCCUCAACGCCGAACCCCAACGUCACGUCGAACGGUGCCCCCACGCCAGCGGCCCAGUCGCAGUCCCAGGGCCAGCAGGGCACCCAGACCACAGCCAACUCGGGCGCCACGGCGCUGCCCGAGGAGUGGACGCAGUUCCUCGACCCACUCACGGGCCAUGUGUUCCUCCCCUGGGCGACAGAGGACAAGAUACGCGUGGGCGCGCUCGCGUCGAUUCAGAACCUCGUCGAGGAGGGCAUCGACCCCCGCGGCUACGAUCCGGCGGAGGAGGAGGCCCGGCGGCAGAGGGAAGAACAGGAGCGCCGAGAGCAGGAGGAAAGAGAGGCAGUGGAGCGGGAGGAGAAUCUGCGGAAGAUGAGGGAGGAGCAGGCGCGCGUCGCACGGGAGAGGCAGCGGGAGAGGGAGCGCCUGCAGGAAGAGGCGCUGCGGAGGGGGAGCACUGGUGCUGGGGGGCCGUCGCCUGGCGGUGCGGCUGCUUCGAACGAGCCGCAGAAGAAGCAGUUCCAGUUCAUGGGUGGUGAUCUCGAUGACGACGAUGAUGACUGA